AUGAGUUCCGAUUCGCCAAAGAAACGAGCUUCACCCGCAAGCGACGACACCCCGGGCCCAGCAAAGCGACAGCGCACGCAGUCGUCGAGUACGGCCAACUCUGCCGAGUCGCCCGUCCCUGCCUUACUCCCUACCCGAAUAGAUGGCCCGCCAAACUUUAACGAGCAGCACAGGAUGGAGCUGCGCCGUGCCAUCACCCUGGCGCUUGGCCACGUCGGCUUCGACUCCGCAUCCGAGGAGGCACUGGAGAGUUUCACACACAUGACAGAGACAUAUCUCUCUUCUCUCAUCGAAGAUGUCAAGAUCAUCGCAAACAGCGCUCGCCGGUCCCAGGCGAUCCCCACCGAUUUCGACAUAUCAAUGAAGCGCUUCAACAUCAACUUGACCCACAUGAAACCUCAUCGCAGGCCGCCGAUACUGCAAGAAAGGAUCAAGGCGACAUACACUACGGAGAUGUUCUUGGAUGGCGAGACGAUGGACCUGCCGACACUGGACGAGAGACUCAGUGGCAAGGAUGACAAGGACGCAAAGACCUACAUACCAAAGUCAUUCCCCGACUUCCCCAGCAUACACACCUACAAGUCCACACCAACCGAUGUCGAGUCCGUGACGGUCCGCGGCCACGAUGCAGACCCAGAAGGCACCGCGAAGCGCGGCUCCCCCGACUGGCGUGGCGACCCUAAGAAGAUCCGCGAGGCGGCAGCGCUCCAGGCGAAGCAAGCCGAGGAGGCGCUACGGCGCCUCGUGAGGGCGAGCAAACAGGCAAGUCUCAAGGACAUGCGAAGCACCGCCGAGAAGAACCCGGUUUCCAAGGAGCGCUACAACCAGUGGGAAGACGCCAUGAAGGAGCUGCUGCAGGAGCAAGGGCGCGCAAAUGGCACGGACGGCACGGCGAGAGGAGAGGUCGCAGAUCAUAGCAUGGUCGUCAAUGCACAGAAGAGGUUCCACAGGCGAGAGGUGCCCCGAUCGGCGAAGCGGAUGCAAGUUCCAGAUACUCUGCGGGGCAAGGGCUGA